AUGCCUUUCGGAAUCAUCGAUACGGAAUUGAAGGAUGGUGGGCAGAUACCGGGCACAGAAAUACUUAUUGGCGGUAGUCGCCUCUGGCCGCGGUGGCAGAAAGAGGCCGCAUUUUUUGUCAUUUUCGCCAACGCCAUUAUCUUUGCUAUCCUGCCAGGGCCCAUCAUAGCCCCAGCCACCUUUGCGCUCGCGCCGAUACUGGGCGUGACUCUGACCGAGGUCGCCGAGCUCUCAGGCUACCAGCUCUUACUUGUUGCCGCUUUGGGACCACUCGUCUCCGUCCUCGCCCAGAAAUAUGGAAAACGCCCACAGUUCCUCUUCGCCGCCACAACAGGCACCCUGGGGACCAUCAUCUGCAUCGUCGGCUCCCAGCAGAACAACUACCACACCCUCCUCGCAGGCCGCCUGGUCCAGGGCCUCGGCGUCACAGCAUGGGAGAGCCUGUCCCUCGCCGCCGUCGGGGACAUGUUCUACCUGCACGAGCGCGGGUGGCGCACGGCGGUGAUCGUCUGCUCCCUGGCGUGCAUGGCCUCGAUGGUCUCCAUAAUCAGCGGCGUCAUGUUCCAGAACCACGGGUACCAGAACCUCUUCGUGGCCGAGCUGCCCUUCGACAUCGUCGGGCUCCUGGCAACGGUCUUCCUGCUCCCGGAGACUCAAUUUGUCCGCGCUGCAGCAGCGCCCCGGUCCGCGGACACGACGCAGGAUGUGCAGGCCGGCACCGACGGGGCCGAGAAGACCUGGGAGCACCAGGCCGAAAAGGUCCCUACGACCAGCAGCACGGCUCAGCCCCGGACCCCCAGGAGGUCCUUCGUGAAGACCCUUACCCCGUGGGAGCGGACAAACUACACUAACAAGUCGAUCCCACACCUGCUUUCCGAGAUCUUUGUGCACCUGAUCAACCCCGCAGUCUUCUGGAUCCUGAUGGUCAGCGCCGUCCUCGUAGCCUUCUUCGUGGUCUCCGCCUACAUCCUCUCGCAGAUCUGGUCCGUGCCGCCUUACAACCUCAACGUCGCCCAGAACGGCUACUUUUGGGCCGGCGCGUUCGUGGGGGGCGUCCUCGCCGUCUUUGUGGGGCCCCUGUGCGACUGGUCCGCCAGGGCCCUGGCGCGCGCCAACCGCGGCGUGUACGAGGCUGAGUUCCGCAUCCCCGUCAACAUCCUCGGCGCGCUGUUCUGCGGUCUCGGGUGGUUCCUGUUCAUGUGGGUCGUGGAGAACCCGAGGCCGGACGGGUACCUUUUGGGUGCUUUCUGUCACGGCUGCGCUUGCUUUGGGAUCUCUGUGCCUUCGACAUCGGCCGGGUUGUACAUCCUACAGUCGACAGAAGUCUUUGUGCUUCAAAUGAUGUUGAAGAACUUCCUCUUUUACGCCUUCUCGACCUUCAUCAACACCUGGGCGGGCGAGGCUGGUGGCGGUGAGGUGUUCAGGGUCUUCGGCAUCGUCUCGCUUGUCCUGAUUGCACUCUGUAUCCCGAUGUACAUCUUCGGAAAGCUGAACCGGAAGCUGAUCGAGGGAAAACACGUGUAA